AUGGAUUCUCUGUAACAACUUGUAGUAUCUCAGAAGUGACAUCUAGGUUAGCUUUGUGACUUUAGAUGUGACUAUCAUCUAUCUCAAUUUCUGGUUGCCACAGAUUGAUUAUAUUAUUCUGGUAAAUUGGUAAUUUCAUCUGGGAAGGUAAGGCAAGACUAAUCUUGGUUAAAAUGAUCUUUAAAGUGCUCACAAAAUCCAGAACAUUUUUAUAAGCUUUGGUACUUUUCUUAUGGCAACAUUAGCUUUCCUCCACAGAUAAAAUAAUUUCUAAUUUGACAUGCUCCAUUUAAAGCUUGCAUACAAUACUCUUUCCGUAAUUCCUUCACCCUCACCUUGAUUGCUUGCUGCAUUGUCUUAUGCUCUUCUUUUUUUGUUAGUAGAUGCACUUUUGUUAAUAUCUUUCUCACCUUUAUUAGCUGUUGUAGCCUUUUAUCAAUAUCCCAGGGAUGAACAUUUUGUGAGUGCUGUAUAAUGCUCAGUUGAUGUAGCGGUUGACUUUGCAGAAGUAAUUUCAUAAAAUUCAUUUCCAGUCUUUGUUUUAACAUUUCUCACCAUACCUGCCAGCGCUACCGAUCUACACGGUAGUCUACCGAUUUUCUCACUUUUCUACCACCUACCAAAUUACCAGGCUGUUCCUACUGAUUUAAAAAAAUUUGAAAAUCAACAUUUUAUGCUAAGUUCUCAAUCAAAAUAUUGUGUUCGCCGUCAGAAUGAUGCGCUACCAAGCCUCCACACACUCAUAUAUUGAGGUAAACAAACAGCACCACCAGGUGUCAACUGGUGUUUUAUAGUCUUUGUACACUAGACAUCGCAAGCUAUAUUAUUUUUCGGCGUCUGGUUGAGUAGCCUGUGGUAACUUGCGUGUGUGUGUGUGUGUUGAGUUGCCUAGUUUUGAAAUGUGGGAUAGCAAGCCACUAGACGAGGCCACGAUCUGUCUGAUCCUUUUUCUCACAAUGAGUAAAAUAAAAUCUGUGCAUGUAAGGUGGGAUAACAAAUUUAAAGACCAAUGGACUGCAGACCACAAAUGUAUUAAGUCAUCAAAGAAAGGUCAGUUUCAUGCCUUUCGUGAGAACUAUAACAAUGAUGUUACCAGACAUCGCAAGCUAUAUUAUUUUUCGGCGUCUGGUUGAGUAGCCUGUGGUAACUCGUGUGUGUGUGUGUGUGUUGAGUUGCCUAGUUUUGAAAUGUGGGAUAGCAAGCCACUAGACAAGGCCACGAUCUGUCUGAUCCUUUUUCUCACAAUGUGUAAAAUAAAAUCUGUGCAUGUAAGGUGGGAUAACAAAUUUAAAGACCAGUGGACUGCAGACCACAAAUGUAUUAAGUCAUCGAAGAAAGGUCAGUUUCAUGCCUUUCGUGAGAACUGUAACAAUGAUGUUACCCGACAUCUAGCUACAGAAAAACACAAGGCAAACAGCAGGGUGGUUAGCAAUACGAUUAUCAACAUGUUCACUCCCUUAGCACAAAAUAAAGCUGUGAUAAACGCCAAGAGUUUCUAAGAGCCUGCAUUUUUCCAAUAGCUACUUAUUCUUUGAGACUUGGGUCCUUCGGAAAGCAGAUGAGCAGAGAAUUACUGCUUUUGAGAACAAGUGCUAUCGAAAGGUCUUGAGGCUUUUGGUACGAUAGAGAAGGCAACAAGGAUUGCACAGAAUAGAUUUGUAUAAUGUUGCUAUGACAACGAUGAAGAUAAACGCCAAAGUAAUAUUCCAGGGUUUUGUAGUACAGCAAAAUUUGCCGCUUGCAGCGAACGACCACUUUUCUAAGUUGGUUGGUAGAAUGUUCCCCGGUAGUGAAAUUGCACAAAAGUACUCAUGUGGUCGUACGAAGGGUACCCAUAUUGUCUGCAUGCUAGCAUUGGAAUUGAUUUCGCAGAUUAAACGAGAGGUAGCUGAAACAGCGAUGUAUUUGUUGGCAACAGAUAGACGUAGUAGUGAUGAGGAGGAUACAUUCUUUCCUGUUCUUAUUACGCAUGAAGACAAAACUACAGGUCUGAUCACAACUUCAUUGCUUGACAUGCCUAUGGAAAAUGAAGCCAGUGGCAAAACAUUGCAAAUGCCAUGAAGCAAUGCCUGACAGAUGUAGGGUUGGAUAUGCAGCAGUGUUCGGCAAGUUAUGCUAGAAUAUACAUCAAUGUAUAUGUAUUAUUAGUAUACAAUCAUUGUUGAAGUCUUGUACUAAAAUAUUUAAAAAAUACAGUAAUGGUUGUAAAAAAAAUAUUUUGAUGCAAUUUAAUACAAAGUAAA